AUGAAGACCUUGCUGGUCCUAGUGUCCGCCUUUGCGGUGGCAAACUGCGGAAUUUCUGGAGGAUUUAGUGGGGGUGGUUUUGGAGGGGGUGGCGGCGGCGGAGGGGGUGGUGGUGGAUUUGGAGGAGGAGGCAGCGGUGGUGGUGGGUACUCAGGGGGAGGAGGAGGCGGUGGUGGGGGCGGCGGUGGCGGUGGCGGAUAUGGCGCGCCUAGCGGUGGUGGUGUUCAUAAACACGUCACGGUCCAUGUAGCCCCUCCAGAGGCACCUGAACCAAGACCUUCUCGACCAUACGUCCCACAAACACCCGACAAGCAUUAUCAAAUCGUCUUCAUCAAGGCUCCCAGCCCAGCUCCACAAGAAGCGCAAGAAAUUGAGUUGCCGGCCGCCCCAGAGCAAAAGACAUUGGUCUACGUCCUCCUCAAGAAACCCGAGCCAGGUCAGGAUGUCAAAAUCAGACCAGCACCACCACCAAAACCAACCAAACCAGAGGUUUACUUUAUUCGGUACAAGGACGGAGGUCAGCAACAAGGUGGAUACGGCGCACCAGCCCCACAACAAGGCGGAUAUUCCGGCGGCGGCGGCGGUGGUGGUGGUGGCGGUGGAUUUGGAGGCGGCCAUUCCAGUGGGGGUGGUGGGGGUGGUUACAGCGGUGGCGGUGGUGGUGGCGGCGGAGGUCAGGGAGGUUACGGUGGAUAGAUUUUUUUCCCGUAAGAAAAAAAUCACCCUUCUCGCCAAAUUAUUACCUCAUUGGCAGUAUUAUUAUUAUUUUAAUAAUUAUUAUCGUUAUUCAUACGCAUCACUUUAUUUACAGAGGUAUUUUUAUAUUUUAUUAUUUUCCCUUAUCGCUCCAAACCUUAUCGCUUUUCUAUCAUCAGUUUACAUUAGUAGUAGAAAGAAGAAGAAUUAGAUCCAUAUCCGUCAAUCAUUUAUCUGCAACAAUGCUCCAAUUAUUAAAAGAGCAGCGUCGCUCCGUCGUGCCACUAUUACUUCUACAAUUACCUCGCAUGGGGCCGGCUCUAGGCUGGCAUACCAGUUUAUUUUAUGACUUAUUACAACAAAUACAACUAACUAGGAGACACCGUAAAUAUAGUGCUUAUUGUAAAUUUAUCUCUGAAAAAAAAGAACUUUGACGUGAUCUACCUGUCUAUAAUCUGGUCCAAUCGUAUUUUUUUAUGUUAUACAAUCCUUCUCUGUUUGCUCUCUAUUAUCAAUAAUCUACUAUUAUGUGUAUCAUUGUGGAGGAUAAGCAAGAAGUCAAACUAGUCGGAAGAAGAAGAAAAAGAAGGAAAGUGAAUCUAAAUAAAUAAAUUUUACUUUUCAAUAUA